GCUAGAACUGGGCCGAAAAAAACGUUCAGAAAAUACGAAAAAAAAACUCCCAAAAGUUUAUGACGCAUUGAUAAAUGCAUUUUAUUUUUCAAUUUGAGGCAAAAAUUAAAAAUCAUUUUGAACCGGGCUCAAAUUUUAAACCAGCUAAUGAAGAAAAAUUAUUGAGCCACAAUUUUUAUUUGGAAAUUCUCAAGUUCAAAUUCAGUGUAUCGAGUAUCUUACUCCUCAGGUAUAUAAUUGGGUGAAUGAGUUGCUGGGAAAAUUUGGUAUUGAUUGAUUAGUGGAGAUGACUAUUCUCAGCAGAUUCUUCCACAAAAGACCCCCUGAUGGGUUGCUUGAAUUUUCUGAUAGAGUUUAUGUUUUUGAUACUUGUUUUUCUACGGACGUUCUGCGGGAUGGAAUUUACCAAAUUUACCUCCAUGAGGUCAUAAAUGAAUUGCGUGAAGCAUUUCCUGCUUCGUCCUUUCUUGCUUUCAAUUUUCGAGAAGGCCAGAAGCGCAGUCUGUUUGCAGAGACAGUGAGUGGAUAUGAUGUUAUGGUACUGGAUUAUCCAAGGCAAUAUGAGGGAUGCCCCGUCUUGCCAUUGUCACUAGUACAUCACUUUCUUCGUGUUUCUGAUGGUUGGCUGUCUGGGCGUAAUCAGCAUAAUAUUAUUUUGCUGCAUUGCGAGAGAGGUGGUUGGCCACUUUUGGCAUUUCUCUUGGCUAGUUUUUUGAUUUUUAGAAAAUUGCAUAGUGGUGAAAGGAGGACGAUUGAAAUGGUCCAUCGCGAGGCACCAAAAGGUUUUUUAAAGCUGUUAUCUCCCCUAAAUCCGUUUGCGUCUCAGCUCCGCUAUCUUCAAUAUGUUGCACGGAGAAAUUUAUCUCCGGAGUGGCCACCCCCUGAGAGGACACUUUCCUUGGAUUGUCUUAUCCUUCGAGGAAUUCCUAGCUACGAUAAUUUCAGUGGCUGCAGGCCUGCCAUCCGCAUCUUUGGCAGAAACCUACAUAAUAAGGAUGGCUUAUCAACUCAGAUGCUCUUCUCUAUGUCUAACAAGAAAAAGUGCCUUCGACAUUACCAACAGGCAGACUCUGAUGUGAUCAAAAUUGAUAUCCAGUGUGUGGUUCAAGGAGAUGUUGUACUUGAAUGUGUCCAUCUAGACUUGGACUUAGAAAGAGAGGUUAUGAUGUUCCGAAUAGUGUUCAACACUGCUUUUAUUAGGUCAAACAUCUUAAUACUGAAUUGUGAAAACUUGGAUAUUCUCUGGGAUGCCAAGGAACGAUAUCCGAAAGGUUUUCGAGCUGAGGUACUGUUUGGUGAAAUUGAGAGCUUGUCUCCCUUAAAAGAACCAACUGCUGUUUUGAAUGGUGAAGAGAGGGGUGGAUUGCCUAUGGAAGCAUUCUCAGCAGUCCAAGAACUAUUUAAUGGUGCAGAAUGGGUUGAUAAUAGUGAUGACGCUACUAUGUGGUUGCUCAAGCAACUUUCUGUUUUACAAAACAGGUUAAGCUCGAAUACAUCGCCUGCUGAUUCAGAAGAGGCAUCGAGUGUUGCUGAUUCAGAUUUUAUGGAAACUGAAAACUUCUAUGAAUCAUCAAAUGCAAGUAUGACAAAUUUUCUUGAUGAUCCUUUGUCUCAUGAUUCUGCGUCUGAUGAAGCAUCAGAUCUUCUGUCCAAUCCUUCUGGAGAUAGAAAUUUAGUCCAACAAAUUGUUAAUUCGGACCUUGGCAAUGGUGCUUUACAUGAUUUGCCCACUCAGCUGGAAAAUGUAGCACUGGCUGAUGUUACUCCAUUGGUUCCAAAUCAAUCUCUAAUUGAUGUCAACGAAAGUGCAGCUCCACCUUCUAUUGUCCCUGAUACAAACAAGCAGGAAGUUUUGUCAGCACAAUCAAGUACAGAAUUGCCUCCAUCUCCAACUCCUACUUCUUACAUGAGUACAAAUCCAGAACCUCAAUUGCCUAUCCCACUGGAUGAUAAUAGUAGCUCUGAUCCUAUUCAGUCACUUCGUAAUCCUCCACCACCCCCACUGCUGCCUCCACUUCCCUCUGGGGCUACCACUAAGAAGUCUGUACCUCCUCCUCCUCCUCCUCCUCCUCCACCUCCUCUGCCCUCCUUUGGGGUUACAACUAACAAUUCUGUACCUCCGCCCCCUCUUGAGGCUACAACUAACAAGUAUGCACCUCCUCCACCUCCACCACCGCCUCCACCCCCUUUUGGGGCUACUACUAACAAUAAUGUACCUCCUCCACCACCACUGCCUCCACCCCCUUUUGGGGCUACAACUAACAAUAAUGUACCUCCUCCUCCACCUCCGCCUCCACCCCCUUUUGGGGCUACAACUAACAAGAACAUACCUCCUCCUCCACCUCCUUUUGGGGCUACAGCUAACAAGAACAUACCUCCUCCUCCACCACCUCCUCCACCUCCUUUUGGGGAUACAACUAACAAGAACAUACCUCCUCCUCCACCACCUCCUCCGCCUCCUUUUGGGGCGACAACUAAACAAUAUUCACCUCCUCCACCACCUCCACCUCCACCUCCUUUUAGGGCUACAACAGACAAACUCAUACCUCCUCCAUGCCCCCCUCCGCCGCCACUUCCUCCUCGUUCUUCAGCACUUGGUCAAGGAGAUUCUUCAAAGACAUAUGUCCCUCCGCCCCCGCCGCCGCCUCCUCCACCCCCCGGCUUAAGUAAUCAUUCGAAGGGAUGUAAUCCUCCUCCUCCACCACCACCUCCCCCAUCUCACGGUCUAAGUAAUUCUGCAAAAUUAAGUGCUCCUCCUCCUCCCCCUCCUCCCCCAUCAUUAACUUGUCCAUCUCCACCUCCGCCUCCGAAAGGAAUGCCUCCCCCUCCACCUCCACCACCACCUCAUUCCAAUAAUUCAACAAGGCCAUCUCCACCACCCCCACCACCCCCACCUUCAACCAAAGGUAAUUCCACUAUUACAUCUACACCAGCACCUCCUCCACCACCUGCACCUUUGCAACAAUCAUCAAAAGCUGUCCCACCUCCACCUCCUGCACCAAAAGGUCUUGCUCCCGGGCCGCCUCCACCACCUGCACCUAAGAGCAUGGGUGCACCACCUCCCCCUCCAUCUGUUGGAAGGGGGAAAAUCUCUGUAGGGAUGGCUGGUUCAAGAAAUAGACCUGCCUCUACAACCACUAAAAAAUCUUCAUUAAGACCUCUGCAUUGGUCAAAGGUCACUCGAGCAGUUAAGGGAAGUUUAUGGGCUGAUACACAAAAGCAGGAGAGUCAGGCAGCGGCUCCUGAGAUAGAUAUAUCAGAACUUGAAAGCUUGUUCUCGGCAAAUACUGAUGCAAGUGGUGGGGGUAAAGUAGGCGUUCGACGUGGCACUAACAUUAACAAACCCGAAAAAGUGCAAUUGGUCGAUUUGCGUAGAGCUUAUAACUGUGAAAUAAUGCUUACAAAGAUAAAGAUGCCUCUCCCAGAUAUGUUGAGUGCUGUUCUUGCAUUAGACUCUUCAACACUGGACAUUGAUCAAGUUGAAAAUCUGAUAAAAUUUUGUCCCACAAAAGAGGAAAUGGAGACGCUGAAGAAUUACAAUGGGGAUAGAACUAUGCUUGGGAAAUGUGAGCAAUUUUUCUUGGAGCUGAUGAAGGUCCCACGAGUUGAAUCCAAAUUACGAGUAUUUGCUUUUAAAAUUACAUUUUCUAGCCAGGUUAGUGAUUUGAAAGGCAACUUGGAUACCAUUAAUGCUGCUUCACGAGAGGUAAGAGAAUCUGUGAAGUUGAGACAGAUAAUGCAGACUAUUCUGACUUUAGGAAAUGCAUUGAAUCAAGGCACUGCUAGAGGUGCUGCUGUUGGAUUCAAACUAGACAGUCUUCUUAAAUUGUCUGAUACACGUGCCAAAAAUAAUAAAAUGACCUUAAUGCAUUACCUGUGUAAGCUUCUAGCUGAAAAAAUGCCAGAGUUGCUGGAUUUUGACAAGGAUCUUGUUCACUUGGAAGGAGCUUCAAAGAUACAAUUGAAGUCAUUGGCUGAAGAAAUGCAAGCUGUGAGCAAAGGCCUUGAGAAGGUUGAGCAGGAACUUGCUGCAUCAGAUAAUGAUGGAGCUAUCUCUGCAGGCUUCCGGCAGGUUUUAAAAGGCUUUCUAUAUACAGCUGAAGCUGAAGUCAGGUCUCUAACCACAUUGUAUACAGAAGUGGGAAGAAAUGCAGAUUCGCUUUGCCAAUACUUUGGGGAGGAUCCUGCUCGGUGUCCGUUUGAACAAGUGACACAAAUACUGUUCGUCUUUGUGAAGCUGUUCAACAAAUCUCGAGAAGAGAAUGCACAGCAGGUUGAAGCCGAGAAGAAGAAAUUGGAAAAAGAAGCUAUGAAAGAAAAAGCAGCCGCCACUUCUGCUGCAAAAAAGGAAGGAUUGGAUCUUAACAGGUCAAAACUUAAUCCCGUUAAUAGAAGACAAACAACACGAGAGAUUGAGAGGUGAAAUAAAUAAUAAAAGAGAUUGAGAGAUGGAAGCUCCUCCGUCCUUUGUCUUUUGAAGAUUCUGGUUUGUGUCCAGAAGUCAGGGUCUCAGAUCAUGCAUGCUGAGGACCGAUUCACAUGAAGCCAGUUAAUGCGGUUCUGCUCCUGAUACUCCGUAAUCUCAGGGGUUCAUGACUAGUGCAAAAGAUCUCAAAGAACAGAAGUGAGUUCCUGCAACUAAAGGUCAUUACAUCGCUUGUUAGGCAUCUUUUUUUGCCUCUUAAUGCCCCUGCAAUUUUCUUUUCUUCAUAUCUUAAUUUUCAUUAUUUGGUUAGAAUAUCAAUGCUUACUGUGUAUAUUGGGUGUACAUUCUGUGUAAUUAAGCGUUAGCAUAGUAAUGAAAUGGUUUACUCUCUUCUUCCCUUUCAUUAGUCUUCCCUUCUUAUUUCAACUGUAUCAAGUUAUAACAAGUAUUCCGUGAAUAUUAUUACAGUACAUUAUUUAGGAGUACUUCUAUGAGCCUGUGCAUCCGAGGUGCAGCUUACAUGGUACUAUUUAUUCGAUCGCAAUGCAACAAUCUUUUGAUAUUA